AUGGACCGGGCGGAGCUGGGCAAGGGGCUGGUGGCCCAGCUGGAGCGGCUGUCCACCUGCCCGCUCUGCGGCGCGGCCUUCCAGGACCCGGUGCUGCUGGACUGCGACCACAGCUUCUGCCGCCGCUGCGUCGGCCGCAGGUGGGACGGCCAGGCCCGGGCCGGCGCGGGGCUCAGCUGCCCCGGCUGCGGCCACCUCUGCCCCCGCCGCAGCCUCCGCACCAACGUGCGUCUGGACGUGGAGGUGCGCAUCAGCUGCGGGCUGCGGGACCGGCUGGGGGACGCGGGGAGCCGGGCCGGGCGCCGCCGCGGGGGCCGCAUCCCCACCAUGGGCUCGCAGGACCCCCAGGGAGAGAUCCUGGAAAUGCAAGCAGAACAGUUCUUGGUGAUGGUGCCAACCCUAUCCUUCAUGGCUUUUGUUGGGGAAGACGUCAAACUGCCGGGCCUCUUGUCACCAGAAAAGAAUGUCUCGGGCAUGGAGGUGGGCUGGUACCGCAGACCGUUCUACAGGGUGACCCACAUGUACUGCCGAGAUCAGGUCGAGGAGCAGGCUCCGGAGUUCCUGGGGAGCACUGAGCUGGUUAAGGAGGCCAUCAGCAAGGGCCAAAUGGCCCUCCAGCUCCAAAUGGCCCUCCAGCUUCACCAUGUGAGAAUCAUCAGUGAGGGCGGCUACACCUGCUUGUACGAUCACUCUUACCAGGAGGAGGCAGCGGUGCAGCUCAUUGUCGAAGAUCCCUUUUACUGGAUUAACCCAGGAAUGCUGUACCUGACUGUGGUUCUGUCCAUCUUGGUGCUGCAGGUAGUAGUCAGAUUUGGCUUACUCUGCCUGCAAUGGAGGCUGACAGGUACCCUGGGGAAAGAGAUUCAAAACUUACACAGAACAUUUGACCACCAUUUCCUGAGGGUGCCCGGCUGGAAAAUAACUCUCUUCGUGGUCUUGCCCAUCCUGGCCAUGAUCACGGUGGCCAUGAACCUCUGCUACAAGUGGCUGCAAUGCAGACUGGCAGGUCAAUUCCUGGAAGAGUUGGGUUUUUAA